AUGGUUUGGUUCCCAUUAUGUAAUCGCACUCGCUAUCUCGUCUGUUCUCAUCGUUUUGUGGCAGACAUCAUGUUGGGAUUGCCAAGACGAUGGAUCCGCCAACUAGGAUAUGUGGGUGUACUAUUGAUGUUCUGUAUUGGCUUGGUGCUUGUGGCCAACAAACAACGUUUAAUUGUGCUCGACGACUACUUGGGAGCAGGAUUUACCCCUAGUUUCUUCCAGCCAUCAUCCGAUCUGUACAUCGUAGACAUCGCUAUUCGUUCCUGUUUCAAGCUAGGAUCCGCCCUGAGUGAGUGUGGUGUUCCAGGAAAGAACGAGGGUGUUUUGGGCAAUUUAGGGCUGUCUGGUGAAUGGGUAAAGAUCGAUAAGGACCUCACCUUGGGUAACUCGUGGGUCCAAAAACAAUAUUUUUCCUAUAAGAAAGCCAAGUACGAGGCAUUGGACGGCAAGAUUUCUAUGGAAGGCGACCAGGAAAACGCAGGAAAGAGGGAAGAAAAAUUAGUGGACCAGGUGAUAAUCGAUAUAGCCAUAGCUAAUCCAGCUAAAGAUGCGACCCUUCCUGGAAACGAAAAGCUCAAACUUCCUUACGAUUUGGCAGCCAAUUUCUUUUCUGGUACUCCCUAUGAUGAUGAGGAACACACAGCUCUCGUGGACUCGCAGCGGGCUCAAAUGAAGGGCAAGCUCACAGCGGUUACGGUUGAGAAACAUAAAGCGGCCAGCAACGAGAUUAAUCGUAUCAACCUCGAAAAUGAGAGAAAAGAAGCGGAGAAGGAAAAGGAGGAAAAGGCAGCAAAAGAAGCAGAGAAGAAAGGAGAAAAAGCAGAAGCAAAGAAGAAAGCAAAUGAUGACUCCGGCAACAAAAAGAGAACAGAAGAAACUUCGAGACACGCACUUAAAACCUCCAUUACCAUGCCUUCCAUGGAUCAGGUGAAAGCCAGAGGCUGGCGCUACAAGUCUCAUGGUAUAUGGGUACGUUAUGGACCGCCAUCUCAUAAAAAUGCUAUCACUGGAAUUGACAUUUUGUUUGGUGAAGGUGCCGUAGAUCCACGCCCCAACUGGCAGUUGAACACCAAGGGCCAUAUUCAAGGCAUAUCAACCACUGCUGACCGGAAACCUUACCUCACAAUAAGACGAGGGCCCAAACUUGAUUAUAAGUCAAAGCAGUACCAAACACCACUUAAAAUGAACAAGAACGGCAAAUUCAAAAUUCUUCAAGUGGCCGAUUUGCACCUUGCUACUGGCAACGGCAAAUGCAGAGAUCCCGUACCAGCAGAGUCUGCCAAAAACUGCUUAGCUGAUCCCAGAACCCUCAAGUUUUUGAACACAAUGCUUGAUACAGAAAAGCCAGAUAUGGUGGUUUUGACUGGGGACCAAAUCUUUGGUGACAAUGCCCCCGACGCAGAAACCGCAGUUUUCAAGGCCCUUGACCCCAUUAUCAAGCGCAAGAUUCCUUAUGCUGUUACCAUGGGAAAUCACGACGACGAAGGCUCCAUGACGAGACAGGAGAUCAUGUCGUUAUCAGCUAAUAUGCCAUAUUCCGUUGCAGCAGUUGGACCCGAAGCGGUUGCGGGAGUAGGCAACUACGUCGUACCCAUCGAGGGAUACUCGACUCACAAUACUGCUAUCACAUUGUACUUCCUUGACACACACAAAUAUUCGCCAAACCCCAAGGUGAAUCCCGGCUACGAUUGGAUCAAAGAAUCGCAACUAAAAUGGCUCGAAGAAGAAGGUGCCAGUCUACAAAAAUCAUCCGCAGCAUACUCGAAGAUGCACAUGUCUAUGGCAUUUUUCCACAUUCCUCUCCCAGAGUACCGAAAUAUCGACGGUCAAACCAAGGUCGGUGAACUUCGUGAAGGUGUAACUGCUCCGCGAUACAAUACUGGAGCCAGGUCUGUUCUUGGAAAGUUGGGUGUUUCUGUGGUGAGUGUUGGUCAUGACCAUUGCAACGACUACUGUGUGCUUGAUGUUCAAGACAAAGAUAGUUCUAGAGAAAACCGCAUGUGGUUGUGCUACGGCGGUGGUUCAGGAGAGGGUGGAUAUGGUGGGUAUAAUGGGUAUAUUCGAAGAAUGAGGGUGUACGAAAUCAACACUAAUGAUGGAAAGAUAGAGACGUGGAAACGCCUCGAGAGCCAAACGGGGAAGGAGGUGGAUAGAUACACCCUCGUCUCCGAGGGAAAGCUAGCAUAA